AUGGUCAAUGCACACAAGGAUAGAAUACCAGACAAGACAAAGGAGAUUUUGAAGGGUACAGACUUUGGAGAAAUGAUGGAACCGUUCUGGCAGGACAAGAUAACCGAGAUCCAGCUACACAAGCAUGAAGCGGACCUGGAGAUACUCAUGAGGCACUUCGACCGCACAGACAACAAGUGGAAGUUUGGGGAUGUUGUUAUGGAAAUAACGGAGGAGGAUAUCACGACUUUAUUUCACCUCCCGGCCGAAGGAGAAGUGUUCAAUGUGAACAGGAGGGUGGUGAGGGAAGAGAUGGAAGACUCUCCAAUUUUUGGCAGCCCUUUAAAGACGCAUGCUGUCCUCAGAACAAAGGUGGAAUCGUAUUUGGUAACUGAGUUGACAAAGCCGGCAAAAGAGAAAGAUGCCAGGAAGAUAGCCGUGCUAAUGAUCACAUAUCUAUUCAGCACAUUCUUUUUCACCCGAACCGGUGCUCAGAUCACAUGGGAUAUGGUCGCCGUAUGUGAACGGAUUGAGAAGAUAAACAUGUACAACUGGCCAAGAUUAAUUCUGAACUUCUUGAUGGAAGGGCUACAAAAGUAUAGGAGGAACAGUCCAUCUGUUUUGAAUGGAUGCCUUCUUCUCAUAUAUUACUGGUUCCUUGAGAAGACCAGGGCAAAGACCUGGAUACUUGGAAAGCAGAAUGAAACUCCACGAUUCAUCCGAUGGUCGAUAAAGGAAAUAUUUAGCCUGGAACAGCUGUACAGGAACGAGAACUUAGCCGUGGAUCUGAUAAAAGCUGGACCGUGGCAAGGGAAAAUUGGACUGGAAGACCUCGAGAUGGGUGAUGAGGUGCAGGACACACCAAGCUUUGACAACUGGGUGCCCCAGGCAAGCCAAACGGAAGAGGAACAAAAUGAAAGGCUGACGGGGAAUAUCAAGGAACUAAUCAGGGAGAUGGAAGCAGCAAUUGGUGAGUCAAAGCCCACCAAAGAAAUGGAGGCAAAGCUAGGAAGGCUUGCCAAAGCAAACGAGGAACUGAAUGCACAGAACAAAGAUCUAUGGGUCAAACUAAAGGUUGCCGAUGAGAGGAUUAAAGAGCUGGAAAUUGAAAAGAGGGCAAAAAAUAACCUCAUCAGGGCGUUGUACAUCCGGCUUGAAAAGGAGAAAGGAGAGGUCCCCCCACCACAAAAACAACUUGAGAUAGUUCCUUUCAUGCCGAAAGUGGUCCCCCAAGAUGAAGUUGAGGAUGAAAAUCCAAACUUUGGACAAAGCGUAGGAGAGGAGACCCAUUAUGCAGCCAGUGUGGGAAAGUCGACGGACACGGUGACGUCAGCGUUUCCUAUUGCAGAGGAAAUACCUGGACAACAAGAUGAAAGCCGUUUACAACCGGGGCAACAAGUACAUGGGAAUGAAGAGGAAGAUGAACAGCUCGAUAACAUCAUAAGGAUUAUUGCUGAGAAGGAAGCGAUGGGAGUAAUGGGAAAGGAAAAACCGAGGGAAGGGACCCCAGCCAAACAGGAACCACAGAAGAAAACUCCGGAGAUACAUUCUAUAGUGAAGAACGUGAAGACAUACCGGAGGGCUGCCAAGAAGGCUAGAGAGGAGGAGUGGGAGUACGACACUCCGGAAGAAGCAAAAAUUACGAAGAGAGCUGCACCUAAGAAAGCAGGAAUCAUGCAGCAAGCCCAGAGAAAAAUGUUGAACAAUAUCAAGAUAAAGGGUGUUAAAUGCGAUAAGCCAACAUGGAGGACACUGGACCCGGCAGUGGCAAGGCACUAUAGAGACUUCUUCAACGUUGCUGUGAAAGACACGACCGAGUACUGGACCAGCAUUGAUCUUCUACGCCGGAUCACCAAGCACGACCUAAGAGUAAUCAUCCAAGAGGGGGACAUCGAAACUGAUGUGAUCAGCGUUUAUAUGGAGUUGUUGAAGUCUGAUGCAGAAAAGCUAAAUGCGCAAGUGGGAUUCCUCACAGUCGACGCAGGGUACUAUGCUAUAAAGUAUGAACAGACCAAAGAACAAGAUGAGGACACUAGACCUUUUGAGUGUGGUGUCGAGACAAUGAUUUAUGAACCCCUGUGGUCAGUCUUCCGUUUCAAAAAGGUGCUAGUACCAAUUCACCACACAACAAGCAUGCACUACACAUUGCUGGUAAUUGACAAUGAAACAAGGAGGUUCACACAUAUGAAUUCAUUGAGGCCACCAAUCAAUGAAUUCACCAAUGAGGAGAAGUACCAACUGAAUGCAGCAAGAGUGGUAAAGCACAUACAGAAAUUCAUACAUGUUGUGAACUUGACUAAGAUGAGAAUACGGGGCGAAAGCCAAGAUCCAAAUAUCACUCGAGAAAAAUGCAAAGGCGAAGAUGAUAAGGAAAACCUGAUUAUUGUUGAAGAAGCAAUGACCGAGGAGGAAAAACAAACCAGAAACUGGAUCUUACAGAAUAACGUUGUGGAGACAGACUAUGAACUCUUUGAAGACUUUGACUGCCCGCAACAGAACACAUCAUCUGGUGAUUGCGGGCCCUUUAUGCUCCAUUACAUGGAGAGCAUAGUAAAUGGCAUAGAACCAACCAAGGAAGGCGGGGACAACAUGAGGAAGAGAUUGCUUGAGAGGUUCAUGCACCUACUAUUGGGCAGAAAGUGA